ACUUGUGGCUUUUCUGCUGAUGAGUCCGGCAGAAAAAUAAUUAUUCUGUUGAAAUUAAAGAAGAAGAAGUUAAACGAUAAAUUUUCGAGCAUAAUUAUGUCUCGUCUGACACUUCUGGAAGACGAUCUUGAUCGUUAUUACGACGUUUAUCGGAAUGGCUUCUCAAAGAUCGCGAAGAAAGACGUUGUUUUGAAGGAAGUCGCUCAACAUUUCGACAACAUCGUUUUGAAGAAGAUGACUGACGUAUUCCAAGCAGAAGAUCAAUUUAAUAUUCUAGGCGUCGGUGUUGGUGAAGGCCACUGUGAGUUUCACUUCUUGAAGCGUCUUGGAUCGUACUUCAGAUCGAUUAAAAAUGUAGCGGUGGAACCUAAUGAAAGCUUAUUCAAAGUUUUUAAAGCCGAGACACAGGCUUGGAGUUCCGAUUUAAAAUCAGAUUGUGAAUCGCAUUACUUCGUUGGCUCUCUCGCGCAAUUCUUUGAUGAAAGCCCCCUGGUGGAUCGCAAGUACAACUUAAUUAGCGCUGUGCAUUCGCUGUACUAUACCGGCGACUUGGAAGCGACCUUCAUACGACUGAUGUCAAUGCUUAAAGAUAAUGGAGUUAUGGUCAUUGUCUUAUCAGGACUGACCUUGAUUAAUCGAACGCACCACAAGAAUCCCUGGUUGCCAGCAUUCGACCGCUAUUCUGCCACACCAGAAAGUCUUAAAGUCGUUCAGCUGGCCGAAAGAGAAGGAUACAAAGUGACCGAAUUCGAACUGAAUACCAUGUGGGAUGUCACUGCUUUAUUUGACGAGAAAUCGGAGUUGGGGGACAAACUUGCCGACUUCUUGACCAUGACGGCGUAUUUUCGUAAAACGGCACCGGCAGGAAAGGUAGACGAAAUCAUGAGGUUUUGGCGAGAGUCCUGCUCAGAAGGUAAAAAUGGACGUCUCCAAACAGAACCUGGAGAGAAGCUUUUCUUCAUCACUAAGUAGGAAGUGUUUUUACCACAUCGUUAAAACUAGAUUCUUAAAUGACUGAACAUGUAACGUACUCGUGUCGUACUCUAAACUGGCAAAUCUAAAUCGCAUCAGGAGUUAAAUGGAUAAGGAGUACAUAUGCCAUAGCGUUGUUAGCGCACAUGUGCUCUCGAUCAAGGCUUGACUGUGGUGGAUGCUUAUUUUGGGUAUCGAAUCCAGGAAGACUUCGUAAACCACAAUUCCUUCUUACAUUUCUCCAAUAAUCAACAACAUACUCUCUUCGUCCUUUAUCUGCUUCUUCC